AUGUUGGGGUGUUAUAUCGAAAGGUCCAGGAACCUCGAGUUAACUCUCGCCGUGUAUACAGAAUAUGACAUCACGGAUCAUUCUGCCCUCGCCCUCGUUCUUUCUACGUGCCAUCGAUGGAAAGACGUCGCGCUUGUCGCUCCAUCUGAAACAAUCCGGACGUUAUCCUUCUGUAAAGGGUCGUUCAGGAAUCUGCGAUAUCUCCACAUCGGGUUCAAUGACGCAGACGAAUACAUCUUUUCCUUGGAUCCCUUACUCGACGCAUUUGAAUACUCUCCAAAACUCACACACAUCGCAUUUUCUCACGUCGGUGAUCCCUUGCAAAUUUUCAGUCUACCGUGGUCUCAGAUCACCGCAUACGAUGGGCCAGAUAGUCCAGACGACGAACAUAUCAUCGAGACACCACAUUUGCAUGUGCUGACGAAGAUGCCUCUUCUGGAGAGCGCGCGCCUCUAUUGUGACAAGCAUUCUACCAUUCCUGCAUCAGGACGUGUUCAUCUUCCUCGGCUGCAGAACUUAACCCUCGAGGAAGGCUCGGAUACGCCAACUCCACGACCGAAGUGCGAUUACCAUUUGCUAUCCACCCCCAUGGGCAUCGAUGCUCGCAGGAUAACCACUCUGCAGCUCACAUUCUAUUUCAAGCUAUCUUCGACUAUCAUCCACAGCAUCCUGAUUUUUCUCGCGGAUCUCCCUACGGUGAUACAUCUAAUGAUUCAGGCUGAGGGUGUCACAGACACCGUCAUAGAUGGGUUGGCUCGUCGUCGUGAUAAUCAAGACAUCUUACCAUCGCUAAGAUGCCUUGACUUCCGUGGUUCUACACUUGAGCUUGACGAGCCCACAUACUUUAUCGCCAUGCUUGAGUCGCGACUUCCUCCUUCACCAACGGAUGUCAUGACAAAUAGCGUCACCUCGGCCGGAGAGCACCUUCGAGAAUUACGGUUGGACGAACGUCCUGCCAUCGACGAGGCUGAUCUUCAACGGUGGGAUGACCUUUCGCAGGGAGGCCUGGUAGUUCGAUAUGGAGCAGAAGGGCUAGGUGACAGUUAUGACCAUAUCGCUUCGCGUGGUCGAGAGGAUCAACUAUUCCGUGGUAUGCCGUGGAUUCCGUAGACG